CGAACCGCGAAGUUCGUCGGAGGUGCUUUUUCAUCGUCGAUCGUCCGCUGCAGCGUGAUCGUUUGAUUUGUGUGAGAGAGAGAGUGAGAGAGCGAAAAUGAUCGGCAGUGACUACGUGCUCGAGGCGCACAACAUUUACCACACAACCGAGGUCGACACCGGCGGCUGCUUCAAUGGCGGUGGCCAAUCUGCGCUGGUCCUGAAAGGGGUCCACCUCACCGUUCACAGUGGCGAAGUGAUGGCCAUCCUCGGUUCGAAGGGCAGUGGAAAGCGCGCCCUGUUGGACGUGAUCGCCCGUCGCUCGGAAGGUUCGUCCCGGGGCCAGGUUCUGCUCAACGGAUCUCCGCUGACAAAGUCGCUGUUUCAGCAACGUUGCGGCUACGUGACCCAUGCCUGUGACUUCAUCCCUGGGCUGACCGUGUCGCAGACGCUCAACUAUACGCCGACCAUUUUGGGCGGAUAUUUGAAGAGCUCGAAGGUGCGCCAGGUGUUGGCCGAUUUGGCGCUGUCCCAGGUUUCGCACAAAAAGGUUGAGAAUCUGAACAUCAGCGAGAAACGUCGGCUGGCGAUUGGGGUUCAGCUGGUGAGGGAUCCGGUGAUGUUGUUGCUAGAUGAACCUACCCAGGGGUUGGAUCCGCUGAGUGCUUACCUGUUGAUCAGUAUUUUGUCCAAUUCGGCUAAGAAAACCGGAUGUGGAAUACUGCUGUCGAUGGAGAAGCCACGAUCGGACGUGUUUCCAUUUUUGGAUAGAGCACUUUUCCUAUGCCUGGGAGGAGCUGUUUACUCUGGAGGAACCAGAGCUAUGCUGGAGUACUUCCAUGGAAUCGGGUUUCCUUGCCCACAGCUUGAGAAUCCUCUGAUGUAUUAUCUCUGCCUAUCGACGGUGGAUCGCAGAUCCCGCGAUCGCUUCCUCGAGUCGAGCCAGCAGAUCGAAGCCCUAGUGGAGCGUUUCGCCCGGGAAUCUCCCAUCCCGGAAGCCCCGAUCAACCCGAUCGGUAGCGGUAAGAUCCCACUGGCGUACGGCAAACCCGGCGAGCUAAAGGUCUGGGGCAUCCUGUACCUGCGCCUGCUGGCGGCGACCUUCUCCUGCGGGUACGCCGGCAUGAAGGCGAUGUUCCUGCGACUGCUGGCCCUGCCGGCGGCCGUUGGACUGCUGUGGCUGUUCUACAGCCAGGUCGGGGACGACUCGCACGGGUUCUUCAGCAAGAGUGGACUGAUCAUGACGGUGCUGGGGCUGAGCUACGGAGUUGGCAUUUGGACGACGAUCACGUUGUUCCCAUCGUGGCGCAAACGCUUCUGCCAGGAAUACUCGGAAGGUCUGUACACCGGAGCAACGCUGCUGAUCGCGUACAACACCGUGUCGAUGCCGUUUUCGUUUAUCUCGGCCGCGAUCGCGGCCUGCGCCUUCUACCCGCUGGUUCUUGAUCCCGUCAACCCGAACGGUCUUUACUUUAUGUACAUCCUGGUUGCUCUCUGGACUAGCUUCAUGCUCGCCGAACAACUUAGUAUCGCAUUCUUGCUCAUUGUCAAGUCUCAGAUCAAUGCCGCCAUCGCCGUGUCCUACAUCUUGAUCGUGUGCUUAGUUCUGGCCAGUGGAACCGUCCGCUCCUUCAAGGGCCUCUCGCCGUGGCUGCAGGACAACAGCAAGGGCGUGCACACCAAGUACGCGAGCUCGCUGCUUCACUCGACGAUCUUCCACGCGCGCCCGAUGCGCUGCCAGCCCGGCCCCGGAACGGUUUGCCCCACGCCAGCGGACUUUUUGCUCGAGCGCAUUGGGAAGGCGCACCCCCAGGAAACGACGGACAUUGCGGCGAGCAUUGCGUUUGCGCUGGGGCUGUGCGCGUUCAACAUGAUUCUCUAUCUGCUGCCGAUGCCGCGGUGCGUGCGGAGGAAGUUUAGGGAUUGAGAUUGUUUGCGUGUGCUGCUGAGUAGAUUUAUGUAUUUAACUCUCUUUUAAUUAGAAGAUUAUCCAGCUUCGUACUUUUACGACAUGAUGAAUUAAAAGUAUUGAAUAACA